AUGCAUCUCCAACAGCAACAACAACAGCAGCAGCAGCAUUCAUUACGCCACCAACAAUACAACCAACACAGCCACACCGCUCCACAACAACAACCCAACAGCAGCAACACCUCGGUACAGUCAUCACAGCAAGGACCGUCAGCUCCCUCAAUAAGGAGCGAUGGUGCUGCAACGGCUGUUGCCGAGGAUGACCUCAACUUUCAUGACUUUAUCCAUGCCAAGCACGAUGACGAACGGUACGGGGACGAUAGCCGAUCGUCGAUGGUUUUGCCGGAAUCCGAUCGUGGCCCCAGCACCAGCACGAUCACCACCACAGCCACGACCCAGGGAUCAGUACAGUCUCAAUCGACCCAAAUCUGCAGUAAUCACACACAGCCAAUCGGAGGCAAUCUCCACAUCACCUCCCACAGCCUUGACCAUAUCAGCCAUAAUGCAGGCACCCAGCAGAACCAGCUUGACAACAACAACAACAACAACAACAACAACAACAACAAUAACAACAACAACAUUAAUGAUACCCAUGGGCAAAAUAUCUAUGAGCACUCCUCAGAUCACUUCCCGCCCUACGACCUUGUCCCACCGCCCACCCAGGAUUUGUUCCGCACCCUCAUGGAGGAACUCCAGACCGAGGCUGCCCACCAGCGAGAUCAGGUCAUGGCAUCGUCGUCUACUUCUACGUCAACCAGGCCGGACUCUGGUGUCGAGGUUGACUAUUCGCUCGGCGGUCAGCACCAGCACUCAAGGGCACUGCCUCGGUUCAUGAUGGAGCCUCUUGACUUUCUUUCGGGAGACUACGAGUCUUGUCUGGGCAGCACAGAUAUCCAUUCGAUGGCAGACACCAACUCGUCGGACCUCUCCUCGUUCUCUGCACAGUACGGAUCCUCAAGCCAUGAUCAGAACCAGGGAGCGGCAACGUCUUCUUUGCAGGUUACCUACGAUACCCAUUCGUCCUCUCACGGCCGUUCUGGAUCGAUGGACUCUACUAAUUCCAGGAAGCGACCCCUUUCCGACGAUGACUCUCAUAUCCUGAAUCAGCACAACAACGGGACAGGUACACCACCCUCGUUUACGACAACCCAUGACCAACUGUCGCCGCCAACACAGGAUUUGUUCCGCAUGCUGAUGGAGGAGCUCGAGACCCAGGCCGCCCUUCAGCGUGACCAGUUCUUGGCAUCUACAGCAAGACAGGAGGCCGCCGGUGCGGCUCUCACCAACACUGAUUAUGCCUUCAACGGCAACGAUCAGCACCACGCUCGUCUUCCGCGCUUUGUGAUGGAGCCUCUGGAUUUCUUUAAUGCUGGCUACGGAACCAUGCAGGUCGAUGGAACUAUGAGCGAACAUUCUGGGGUCUCGGGAGGAGCAUCUUCUGCCAGUGCUUCUCAGAUGCUUUCAGCUACUUCAUCGAAUCUUGAAGCCAGCCACUCUCACCUUCAGCAGCCUCAACAACAUCAGCAGCAGGAAUUCGCACCCCCGGAUGUUUUCCGUACUCUCAUGGAGGAACUGGAGGUCCAGGCUGCCUUUCAGCGUGAGCAGGUCUUGGCCGCCACCACAGGAACUGCACCCCGAGUCGACCCGGAGGAGUAUGUAUUCAACGGACAGCAUCUUCGUCCCUUACCUCGUUUCAUGAUUGAGCCUCUCGAUUUCAUGUCGUCGAGCUAUGAGUCGUACCUCAACAGCAGCAUGUCCUCGGAACCGCAUCAUUUCGAUCCCUCGCAGAACAACUUUUUGGGUCUCAGUCACUCGCAGUCCUCAGGAGUCUCGUCAUCAUCGUUGUCGGCGCCUCUGGAACAGAACAACCAGAACCUUGCUCCUCCUGCAAAGAGGGUCACAAGGAAACCUUCGGCGUCUGGUUCUGGUGGCAAGGGCGUCAAGUCGCGCCGACCCAAGCACCUCACCAUCGCAUCAAGGUCGGGAUCGAAUCUCGAAGUCCCCACCUCAGGAUCGAACCAACUCCCUAGCCCUUCCAAGAAGCGACGUGUUGGUGAUGAUGAUGAUGGUGCCUCUGGAAGUUGCUCUCCGUCCAGCCUUGUGACAUCUCCCUUUGGAUCCACUGCUGGUGAUGGUCUGGAUUCGCCCAUCUCUCCCACCUCGAUGUCCAACCUGUCGAUUUCAAGCGACGCCCAGAGUGCUGAUGGCUCAACCACAGAUGGAGCAGUUGCUCAGACCUCGAAGCGUCCCUGGACCCACAAGGACGAGACUCUGCUGCUGAAACUGUUUGCCAAGCGGCUGCCGAUCAAGGAGAUUGCUCAGACGCUCAACCGAUCAGUCCACUCUGUCCGCUCCCGCCGCCAGAUCCUGACAGAUCCUGGAUUUGUGAAGGGCAAAGGUCACAGCGUCUCACGUCGGUGCAAACAAGACCCAGCAACAACGACCAAACUCCCGACCUAUGCCCAGAUGGGGUUCCUGUCCUUGGCCUGGUUGCCCGAUCUGGAGGGAACCCUGAACGAUGUGGCGACGAUGGUCGAAAAGUUGUUCAGCAAGCAUCUCAACCGCAUCCCCAGGACUGGACACAAGAACCUGCAGAUCUGGAGGGCGCAGCUUUCGGAUGCUCUUGCACACGAGAAGGGACAGCCCCGGCCACGGUUCGAGAGCUUUGGUGUCAAGCGUGGUCGCCAGUGGGUGUACAGGUUGACCGAGUUUGGAAAGGGGGUUGUUGAGGCUAUGGGAGGCGUUGAGAAGAUCUGUGAGGAUCUGUUGAAGAGCAACGAGAUGGAGAUGGCCAACGCUGCUCAAGCCGACGAACAGGAUGGCUUGCAGGACGGUAAUAGUAAGGAUGCCGACGGAGUUGGUGUUGGCGGAUCUGGUGCCGAUGCCGGAAUUGGACAGGGCCAGGGAUACGGAUACAGCUACAAGCCCCCAGAUGCCAGACAAAAGUCGAACAAGGGAUCCAGUCGUGCGGCGAGGAGAUCUUUGGCCAAGAAGAAUGCUGCUGCUGCCGCUGCAGCCGCUGCAGCAGGGGAACCCUUGCCCAAGGGAGGUGGGAAUGCGAUUGCGAACGCUGUGGAGGCCAUUGCUGCAGCGAUGGCCAAGAUGACGUCGUCUGAGGAGGAGAAGGAGAAGUAUCGGAGGAGUGAGAGUGAUGAGGAUGAGAAGGAUGGUAUAAUGGAUGUCGAGAUGGAGGACGACGACUAG